AUGAAUAAUUUUGAAUCUGUUGUUGAUAACACUACGGCUGAAUCAACUAUCCAUCAAAGUGAAAGAAAUAUUGACGUCCCUUCACUUCAACAAAAUCGCUAUAACAAUAUAAUCGAAAUUACGAAGUUCAUUCAUACGCUAGAUUGCGGCAUUGAUAACAUUAAGAAUAGAAUGAAAAAGAUUCCUAAGUUCGGAAAUUUAGAUAUAGAACUAGAUUUUGAGGGCUGUAAUAAAUGUAAUGAUGUAUUCGGCAUAUAUUUAUUGGCUUUUAUAGCUCUUUUAUUUUUAAAUUUUGCUAUUGUAUGCUGCACACUUGAAGAAAGAAAACACAGACUUGUAUAA